CCGCCUCCCCGCGCCCCGGCAACGGCGGGGGCUGCGGAGCCCGGGGCUCCCGCUCUCCGCCAGCGGUGCGGAGCCGCCUCACGGCCACCGCCGCACCCCGCUCCAUAGAGAGACCGAACCGGCGCUGCCCGGCAGCCUGCGCGGACGCUGCUCUGCAAGAAUGCUACGGGGCCGGGGAAGGGUCAAACCACCUCGAUGCAAUAUAUCAAUCCCAGAAUGUGCUCCCGUCAACUCCGGAACUCCACCAGAGCAAGCGGCGGUAGCAGAGUCGACAGAGGGAGCUGCGGCCGUCAAUCCCACACCAUGAGGAUGGGAGAUAUUAUGGAGCACACAGCAAGCAGCAACAACAAUGAGAAUAUUGCUUUCGCUGAGGUCUAACCUACAUCAGUAGCUAACCGCCUGUGUGCAUGAUACACCCAUUGAGCAGUUGUGAUCAUUGGAGGACUUCUGGCUUUCUCAGGGAUGACAUUCAGGUCUUUUGGUUUCAACAUUGUCUGGAUGUAUACAACUACUGGCUUCCUACAAGGUGUGACCAAAACCAGUCCUACAAAAUGCCCAAAGGAGAUCACCAAACAAAUGGCAUCUUCAGUAGAGGAAAGCAAUAUACUUAUCUUGCAGCAGAAGAAGCUGCAGGUAUUGGAAUCCUUGUGGUGGUUCUUGCAGUUUUACUGAUCAUUGGCUGCUGGUAUUACAAAAGGCGAUGUGGCUAUAAAAACCUUCGGAGUAAAAGCUCACAUGCUGGCACUAUGAGAAGAGUGGCAGGUGAAGAUGCCCCACUGGAUUGCAAAGCACUUUUACAGGAGUACAGUAACUUUAAUUCUGUGGUACCUGAUGCUCCACCAGCAUAUGACAAAAUCUCUGCAGAUCCAUUGCCACCACCUUAUUCACCAUGAUGUUGAGUCAGUCUUAAACUCCAGGAAUACAAAUUGAUUCUCUUUGUGCUUUUGCUUAAACUCAUGUGCAAACCUAGCAUUCUUUAUGGGUAAACUGUAAUAAUAAAGUAUACAUUUCCAUGAA